UGAAUAUUCAUACACCACUCUCACCAUAGAGAAAAUAUUGAGUAUCGUAAAUUUCAAGCUCAAGACGCGCGAGAUGUACUUCUUCUGGAAGACGCUGUUUGAGGAGAUCUUCAAGCGUUACAAGCUCACCGACAUUGUCGACGGGAGCGAACCCUGUCCUGACAGGUUCCUGAUCGAUAUGAAUGGAAACAUCACGGAUCAAGCCGAUCCCGCCUUUGAUGUUUGGCACGAGAAGGAUCAGAAGAUCAUAAUGUGGAUCAAGUCGACUCUUUCCGACGACGUGGCCCUCCCACUAGUCAUAAACGGAGACAUCCCUUCCAAUUCCAGUCGCGAGCUAUGGCUUGGCCUCGAGAAGAGAUUCGCAGUUGCCGGGGUGUCAGCCGAGUAUAGGAAAAGUAUGUUCGCCGCCGCCUUGGCGACCACGGACAUUUGUGACGCAAAUCCCGCUCUGUUGAAGAGUGGGGACUUGCGUCUUUUGGCGCCAAUUUUUCAAAAAUUUGGAAAAUGGCGCAGGUUUUCGGGUCGUGUUGUGACCCUAAAGGUGUUUGAGGACAACACUUUGGUGUUGGAGGCUUUGUCGAGACAAGGGGAGGGGAGGGUGUUGGUUGUGGACGGCGGAGGAAGCAUGAGACGUGCCGUCUCCGGAGGGAUGGUGGCAAAGUAUGCGGAGUUGAUGGGGUGGGCUGGGAUUGUUGUGAAUGGAUGCGUCAGAGAUGUGGAUGAGAUCAAUGAAUGUGAGAUCGGCGUGAGAGCUUUGGCGACUUGUCCGGUGAGACCUACUAAAGGUAAGGAUGGAAGCAGUGGACAGAAGCAUGUUGAUGUCAACAUUGGAGGAACAUGGAUUCUUGAUGGAGAAUGGUUGUAUGCAGAUAAUGAUGGAAUCCUUGUCUCCACGACUAAAUUGUCUAUCUAA